CUGCAGCGCGGGGGGAGCAGCCCUGGAGCUGGGCUUGUCCAGCUCGCAGAGCUCCACACGCCCAGCAGCUCCAUCUGUCCAUCCGUUGUCCGUCCAUCCGUCUGUCCAUCUGUCCACGGGAGGCAGCAGGAGUGCGGCCGGCACCAUGCGCACGCGGGGGCUGCUGGGACUGGUGCUGCUGGUGGUGUCGGUGGGCUCCCUGCCCAGCCUGCGGCCCGCCACCCCCCCAGCCCUGUGGAGCGCCUCGGGCAGCCCUGUUUUGUGCCUCCUGCCCCGUGCUGAGGCAGAGCUCCGGUGCCGCGUCCCGGGGGGCCCGCUGUGCAGCGGCAGGGGCAGGUGCGACUGUGGAGUCUGCAUCUGCCAAGUGACGGAGGCCGGCAAAUACUAUGGGCCGCUGUGUGAGUGCCAAGACUGGGUGUGCGAGAUCUACGACGGGGAGGUCUGUGCAGGCCAUGGGAAGUGUGACUGUGGGAAGUGCAAAUGCGAUGAAGGCUGGUAUGGUGAAGCUUGUCAGUAUCCAACUACUUGCAACCUUACACGGAAGAAAAGCAAUGAAAUGUGUAAGAAUUCUCAAGAUAUCAUCUGCUCUGGUGCAGGCACAUGUCAGUGUGGCAGGUGUAAAUGUGUAAACUCAGGAGGAAGUGGACUGGUCUAUGGGAAAUUUUGUGAAUGUGAUGACAGAGAAUGCAUAGAUGAUGAGACCGAAGAGAUUUGUACAGGCCAUGGACAGUGUUACUGUGGAAACUGUUACUGUGAGGCUGGUUGGCAUGGAGAUAAAUGUGAAUUCCAGUGUGACAUCACCCCUUGGGAGAUCAAGAAAAGAUGCACAUCUCCAGAUGGCAAAAUCUGCAGUAAUAGAGGCACAUGUGUAUGUGGGGAAUGUACAUGCCAUGAUGUGGAUCCAACUGGUGACUGGGGAGAUAUUCAUGGAGAUACUUGUGAGUGUGAUGAAAGAAACUGCAAAGCAGUGUAUGAUAGAUAUUCUGAUGACUUCUGUUCAGGUCACGGACAGUGUAAUUGUGGAAAGUGUGACUGUAAAGAAGGAUGGACAGGGAAGAAGUGUGAACAUCCACGGUCUUGUCCAUUGUCAGCUGAGGAAAGUGCUAAGAAAUGCAAAGGAAAUUCUAAUUUACCUUGCUCUGGAAGAGGGAAAUGUGAAUGUGGCCAAUGCACUUGUUUCCCUCCAGGAGACAACAGAGUCUAUGGAAAAAACUGUGAAUGUGAUGAUCGACAGUGUGAAAGUGCAGAUGGCAAUGUCUGUGGGGGCCAUGGCAUCUGUUCAUGUGGCCGAUGCGUUUGCCAGGAAGGGUGGUUUGGAAAGUUGUGCCAGUAUUCAAGGAAGUGCAACAUGACAGAAGAGGAGAGCAGAAGUCUCUGCGAGUCUGCAGAUGGUGUAUUGUGCUCAGGGAAAGGUUCCUGCCACUGCGGAAAGUGCAUCUGUUCACCACAGGAAUGGUACAUUUCAGGUGAUUUUUGUGAAUGUGAUGACAGAGAUUGCGACAAACACGAUGGUCUCAUUUGCACAGGUAAUGGUGUUUGUAACUGUGGAAACUGCGAGUGCUGGGAAGGAUGGAAUGGAAACGCUUGUGAAAUCUGGCUGGGAACAGAAUACCCUUAACAAAGGACACCAGAGACUGAGGGUUCUUUCAGUUUGAUUUUUCUUUAGGCUGCUAGAACAUUUAAUUUUGGAAGUACUCAGAGAGUGGGUGUGGGUGUGCAUGGUUGUAAAUACUCUAGAACUGUCAUGUGAAAUCCUGCUCCAACAAGAAAUGGAUAGCUGAACAAAACAAAAAUAAACAACAACAAAAUCAUUUGGGAGCAGGACAGUCCAACCUCUAAAAACUGAAAUCAUAAAAAAAAAAAAUGGCCCUCCACAUUUUCGGGUAACUUCAGUGAGGCUGAGAUUACACCCAUUAUGUCUGUUUCUUAAGCAAUCUUUGACAAAAGUGAAAGGAAGUCAUUUGUUUUUACAUUUUAUGUUUGGUUUUCAUAUCAGUAUGCAACCGUAUUCCUGUAGAAGAAUAGCACUAGUUAAAUAUUUGUCAAAUACUUCAUUUGAUUCAUUUUAUGGUGUUUGUCAAAAACAUUGUUUGACUCUUUUCUUUCUGAACAUCCUGAUUAUGCCCCAGCUCCAGAAGAAGCAGUAAAGCAAUUUAUCAAAA